CAGCCUUGUUUCCAAACAUUUAGAAGAACCCUUGCCUGGGAUACUCCUGGGAUACUGAAUAACGAUGCAUAUCAAGUCGAUUGUCCUUGAGGGGUUCAAGUCCUAUGCUCAAAGGACAGAAGUUAAUAAUUUUGACCCACUAUUCAAUGCCAUUACUGGCUUAAAUGGAAGUGGCAAAUCCAAUAUCCUAGACUCCAUCUGUUUUUUACUGGGCAUUACCAAUCUAUCACAGGUACGGGCUUCCAACUUGCAGGAUCUCGUUUAUAAAAAUGGCCAGGCUGGAAUUUCUAAGGCUACCGUAUCAAUCAGUUUUGAUAAUUCUGACAAGAAGCAGAGUCCAUUAGGAUUUGAGAAUCAUGACGAGAUUACAGUCACAAGACAGGUGGUGAUUGGAGGCAGAAAUAAAUAUCUAAUCAACGGUGUGAAUGCAAACAACACUAGAGUGCAGGAUCUUUUUUGUUCUAUUGGACUGAAUGUCAACAAUCCUCAUUUUCUUAUAAUGCAGGGACGGAUUACCAAAGUUCUCAAUAUGAAACCUCCAGAGAUUUUGUCUAUGAUUGAAGAAGCAGCUGGGACAAGGAUGUAUGAGUGCAAGAAAAUAGCUGCUCAGAAAACCAUAGAGAAAAAAGAAGCAAAGCUCAAAGAAAUUUGCACGAUUCUGGAGGAAGAAAUCACACCCACCUUACAGAAACUGAAAGAGGAACGAUCCUCUUACUUGGAAUACCAGAAGGUCAUGCGAGAGACAGAGCACCUGAGCCGUUUGUACGUUGCAUAUCAGUUUGUGUUAGCCGAAGAAACCAAGGCCCAUUCUGCCGAUGUGCUGAAGGAAAUGGAAGUCACCAUUGCAAAAUGUAAAGAGGAAAUAGCUGAGAAUGAGAAGGCGGUGAAGGAACUCAGCAAAGAAAUAGCCGAAAUGGAAAAGAAAAGGGACCAAGAAUUUGGUGGUGUGCUUCGUUCACUGGAAGAUGCUCUUACAGAAGUUCAGAGAACGGAUACCAAAGUGCAAAGCACUCUGGAUAUCAAAAAAGAAAACCUGAAAAAAGAAGAAAAAGCGCAUAAAGAUCUGGUUAAAAACAUGGAAGAGGAUUCUAAAGUUUUGGUGGCAAAAGAAAAAGAAGUAAAGAAGAUAACUGAUGCCCUGAGUUCUCUUCAGGAGGCCAACAAUUCAGACAUUGCGGCUUCGGCUGCUGCAGAGAAACACUUCAGAGCUGUGUCUGCUGGUCUGUCCAGCAGCGAAGAUGGGGAGGAUGCUACUCUCGCUGGACAGAUGAUGGCUUGUAAAAACCAGAUAAGCAAAGCAGAAACUGAAGCUAAACAGGCUCACAUGAAGUUGAAACAUGCCCAGCAAGAGCUGAAGACCAAACAGGCUGAAGUGAAAAAGAUGGACGCUGGCUACAAGAAAGAUCAGGACGCAUUUGAAGCUGUCAAAAAGCAGAAAGAGAAACUAGAGCAUGAAAUGAAGAAGCUCAACUACGAAGACAAAAAAGAAGAGAACCUUCUCCAAAAACAAAGGGACCUGUCUCGUGUGGUGAACCAGCUGAGAGAGUCCUAUGAGGCUUUAAUGGCCAGAUUCCCCAAUUUACGCUUUGAAUACAGGGAUCCAGAAAAAAACUGGGACUCUGGUCAUGUGAAAGGGCUUGUUGCAUCUCUGAUUACUGUGAAAGAGGCCUCCACAGCAACAGCGCUAGAAGUGGUUGCUGGGGGUCGACUCUACAAUGUUGUAGUGGACACUGAGGUUACUGGCAAAAAGCUCCUAGAAAAGGGUGAGCUGAAGCGUCGAUAUACCAUCAUUCCAUUGAACAAAAUUUCAGCAAGGUGUGUUGGGAAAGAAGCUGUCAAAGUGGCCAAAAACAUGGUUGGGGAGGACAAUGUCCAUCUGGCUCUUUCUCUGGUGGGAUAUGAAUCUGAAGUGCAAAAGGCGAUGGAGUAUGUUUUUGGGGGCACCCUGGUUUGUGAUAACAUGGACAAUGCCAAGAAAGUCACCUUUGACAAAAAGAUAAUGACCAAAACCGUCACUCUUGGGGGAGACACUUUUGAUCCUCAGGGCACACUGACUGGAGGUGCGCGAUCGCAGUCUGCAUCGGUUUUGUGCAGGCUCCAGGAAGUGAAAGGCGUGCGAGAGCAGCUGGAAGCAAAGGAGGCGGAGCUGCAGUUGAUAGGACAGGAACUGUCUGCUCUGAAGGAGACGGCUGAGAAGUACCAUCGUCUGAAGCAGCAGUGGGAGAUGAAAUCUGAAGAGGCUGAGCUGCUGCAAACCAAGCUGCAGCAAAGUGCCUACCACAAGCAGCAGGAGGAGCUGGACGCUCUGAAAAGAACCAUUGAGGAAAGUGAGGAGUCUUUAAAGACAACCAAAGAGGUUCAGAAAAAAGCAGAAGAGAAACUAAGAGUGCUCGAAGACAAGAUGAAGAAUGCAGAAGCAGAACGGGAGAAGGAGCUGAAAGAUGCCCAACGGAAGCUGGAUGAUGCCAAGAAAAAGGCUGAUAGUUCUAGCAAAAAGAUGAAAGGAAAGGAGCAGGAGGUUGAAGCACUGGUGUUGGAACUUGAAGAGCUGAAACGAGAACAAGCCUCUUAUAAGCAACAGAUUGAUGCCGUGAACAAAGCUAUUAAAUCCUUCCAGGAGCAGAUUGAGGCAAUAUCGGUUGAGGUGGCAAAGAACAAGGAGUGUGUGAAGAAGGCUCAAGAGGAGCUGGCUGAGCAAAAGGCGGUGGUAAUGGCCCAGGAUAAAGCAAUCAGAGCCAAGUCUGCAGAAGCCAUAAAAUACAAAGAACAGAAUAAUGAGUUGCAUCUUAAGAUCAAAGAACUGGAACAUAACAUCAGUAAGCACAAGCGGGAGGCUUCUGAUGCUUCUGCAAAGGUAGCCAAAAUGCUUAAAGACUACGAAUGGAUAGCUGCAGAGAAGCACCUUUUUGGCCAGCCGAACACCGCUUAUGAUUUCAAAACAAACAAUCCAAAAGAAGCUGGUCAAAGGCUGCAGAAGCUGCAGGAAAAGAAAGAGAAGCUGGGCAGGAAUGUGAACAUGAGAGCGAUGAACAUGCUUUCCGAGGCUGAGGAACGAUACAAUGACUUAAUGAAGAAGAAAAGAAUUGUUGAGAAUGACAAGUCUAAAAUCCUAGCGACUAUUGCAGAACUUGACCAAAAGAAAAAUGAAACUUUAAACAUUGCCUGGCAAAAGGUAAACAAAGACUUUGGCUCAAUUUUCUCAACGCUUCUGCCAGGGGCCAAUGCUAUGUUGUCCCCUCCUGAAGGGCAAACUGUCCUAGAUGGUCUGGAAUUCAGAGUUGCCUUGGGGAACACCUGGAAGGAAAACUUAACUGAACUAAGUGGGGGGCAAAGAUCUCUGGUGGCUUUGUCUCUGAUCUUGGCCAUGCUUCUCUUCAAACCUGCUCCAAUUUACAUUUUAGAUGAGGUGGAUGCUGCACUCGAUCUCUCCCAUACCCAGAAUAUUGGGCAGAUGCUUCGUACUCACUUCAGACAUUCCCAGUUCAUUGUGGUAUCGCUGAAGGAUGGCAUGUUCAACAACGCCAACGUGCUUUACAAAACUAAAUUUGUGGACGGGGUUUCUACUGUGGCACGAUUUGCUCAGUCGCAGAAUGGAAACAGCGGGCUGCACGGCGGAGAAGGCAGCAAGGCAAAACUGAAGGAGAAGAAGCAGAGGGCCCAGGUGGAUGUUUGA